GAAAGUCGCUCCUCCCCGCCGGUCCUCGGCUGAUGAGGUAGCCAUGGAGGCGGUAACGAUGGCGGCCUGUUGAGGGAGCGCCUUCUUGCUCGAGCGACCGACCCGGGAAAUCUCAUGGCUGCUCAAAGCGAGGACGAGACGGUGCUGUUCAGGCGAGGAGCCGGGCAGAGUGAUGAUUCCGAUAUAUGGGAUGAUACAGCCCUCAUAAAAGCAUAUGAUAAAGCAGUUGCAUCUUUCAAGAAUGCUUUGAAGAAUGGUGACUGUUCAGAGCCUUUGGAUAAAACUGAGCAAAAUGCUGGAACAAAAAGAAAAAAUAACAAAAAGAACAAGAGCAGGAAGAAAAGUAAUGCUGCAUCACAGAAACAGUGGAGAGUUAAUGAUGCAUGCAGUGCAGUUUGGUCUGAAGAUGGUAAUGUGUACCAAGCAACUAUUACUUCCAUUAACUGGAAGAAAGGGACGUGUGUGGUGGUUUAUACAGGAUAUGGAAAUAGAGAAGAGCACCGGCUGUCUGAUCUGCUGCCACCAAUAGAUGCAGAGGGAACAAAUGAGGAAAGAAGUGCCGGAGAGAAUGCAAACGAGACUCAGUAUUCAACCGAUGAAAGUGACCUGUCCUUUCAGUCACCUGGAAAUAAACACAGUCGCACAAAAUCAGCACAAUGGAAUUCUCACUUUCCUGUGCCACCGCUGCCACCACCACCACUGGGAUUGGGAAGGACUGGAUCAAAGUGCAGCGGACCUCCGUCUUUCUUAUCAGGCUGGCCUCCACCAUUUCCAUCCGGACCACCGCUCAUUCCACCACCACCUCCUUUGAGCCCAGACUCUUCUGAAGAUGAUGAAGCAUUAGGAAGUAUGUUAAUAGCCUGGUAUAUGAGUGGUUAUCACACUGGCUACUAUCUGGGUUUAAAGCAGAGCCGAAUGGAAGCUACCUCGGGGAGACACACCCAUUCUAAGUAGCUGUUGUGUAAAGAAUCUCUCCUAUGGAGAAGGAUGUCCCAUGUGUAUAUUCUUCAACAAAGGUGAAGCGUUCACUGAUACGAAGAUCACUGACUGUAUGACUCUCAGAGGCACCAUUUAACAUAAUACACAAAUUAUAUUUUGCUUUCAAGAUUAUUAGUUUAAUCCUGCUUUUGUUGUCCAUCGUUCUACUUGUGUGAGCUUAUGCUGGAUUAAUUCAUCUUCCUGUGCAUCUGAUUAUCCAGUAUUGCACGGAUUUAAGAUAUUUCUCCGUGAUGACAGAAUCACUUCUAAAUUUGGUAGUGACAGUCGACAUAGAGAAACUAAUUGUAUGAAAUAUAGGAACUUGCUGCUGAUUUAAAACUCCACAGAAAGUAUAAUCUUCUUCACCAUUUUUCAGAUCUUGGUUGGAAUUGAUCCAUAUGUGCAUAUGGUAAGAUAUUUUGGCAGAUUAACAUUGUUGCUUAUGUACAUAACCUUCUAGAAGUUUUAUCAGUCAGUGAUUUUUAUAAAUUUUUGUGGUUGGCUACCAGUGGUCUAGACUAUGGGGCUACAGCAAUUCUGUUCAAGUGAACCUAUUGCUUAUCAGUGAUGUCACUGAAUUUGUUUAAAAUACUCAAUAAACUUUUUCCCUCAAAUGUUA